AUGACAUUCUCCUUCUUCAAUCAAAAACUUAAAUCGUCGCGUUAUCUUAUAAAAGAAUCAGCUUCAUUUCUCUGGUUUCAACUUCUUCUCAAUGUUUUGAAAGAAUUUCCACAGGCAACAGAUGCUCAGCUUAACAUGUUGACGAAAUGUGAAGAAUAUUAUAGAGGAAAUCAAAAAGAGUUAAAAAAUAUUGCACGUUUUCAAAAAGAAUACCAACCGAAAGCAGCCAUCAUUUGGUACACCGAUGACUCCUUCGUGUAUCGUUUGUUAAACAAAGCUUUACGAACAGAAGAUAUCGAUGGUCUAUAUUUAUUUCGGUUUUACAUCAUUGACCUCUGUAAACAGUUGGAAGAAGAGAGUCGGAAGAACGUUGGAACGAUGACACUUUAUCGUGGUCAAAUGACGGCAAAAGAAGAUGUUGAGAAGCUGAAGAAUAGUAUUGGUACAUUAAUAUCUCCGAACGGUUUUCUAUCAACAAGUUUAGACAAGCAAGUGGCAUUGUUCUACUUAGACCAAUCAAGAGAUAAAGAAGCUCCAAUUCAAUCAGUUUUGUUUGAAAUCACCGCAAAUUCAACUCUGUUAUCAGGUACUUUUGCCGAUAUUCACCUCUUUAGUCGAAUGCCACAUGAGCGUGAGGUUCUAUUUAGUAUCGAUGCAGUUUUUAAAAUUGACAAUAUCGAAUUUUCGGACGCAAUUAACUGUUGGACAGUCCGAAUGGUUCUGACAGACGAAGGAAUGAAAAAUGUGCGAGAGUACAUUGACGUCACAAAGAAACAAUAUGAAAAUGCGGACACUACAAUUAUAUUCGGUAGUCUUCUUACUGAAAUGAAUCAACUUGAGAAAGCCGAAAAAUAUUUUAAUUUCUUAUUGGUAACGGCUGACAGAGAAUCAUUGAAAGAAGCUGAUAUUUUAAGUGCAAUGGGUCGUCUCAAUAUCUACAAAUCCGAACAUUUAUCUGCACUAGACAACUUCAGUCGUGCAUAUAAUAUUCGAAAGAACUGUCUCAGCUCCAAUCAUCCAAAAAUAGCACUUUCGCUAAACAGCAUUGCUUCUGUCUAUUAUAUAACUGGUAAUUAUGAGAAGGCCCUUUCUCUUCAACAGAGAGCUUUAGAAAUAGACCGCGAAAAUUGUGGAAACGAUCAUACCAGUGUUGCUUCAGGUUUAGAUAGUUUAGGAAUGAUAUACAGAGAUAAGAAAGAGUACGAUAAUGCAUUGAAUUAUUUCGUUCAAGCAUUAGAAAUCCAACAACGCUUGCUGCCAAAAGAGCAUGAUGAUAUUGCUGGCACUCUUUGGGAUAUUGGUCUAACGUAUAAUGAACAAAAAGAUUACGCUAAAGCUCUACAGUAUUACUUUGAUGCACUUGAAAUAUUUGAGAAAAUAUUACCACCUGGACAUUUAAGGAUAUCAGGUCUCUUUAAUGCAAUUGUUGAAGUAUAUAAAAGAAAAAAUGAUAAUGACGCAGCAUUUGAUUUUUGUCAGAUGAAGUUAAUCAAAUUAUGUGAAGAAUUAGGUGAAACACACCCCGCAAUUGGAAGAUUGCUUUGCCAGAUUGGUGAUAUUUUUUUUCUAGUACAGAAUAAAACUGAUGAAGCUCUGUCACACUAUGAGAAAGCUUUAUCAAUAUUCGAAAAGUGUAAUGCACCUGAACAAGAACAGAUUUAUUUUUGUCUAAAGCGUAUUGCUCACAUUCAAGAACUUGUGAAGGAGAACUUUCCAAUGGCACUAGAUUAUCAUAUGAAGACUCUCGAGCUUCAAAAAAGAAUGUAUCUGCCUGAUCAUCCAGAAGUCGGCCUUGUUCUUGGCAAUGUUGGCCGAAUUCAUCUUAAACUCAAACAUUAUGAAGAUGGAUUGAAAUAUUUAGAAGAGGCCCAUGAUAAGCUCGAAAAAAUAUUACCGGUUGGAGACAGCGAUUUGUGGAAAUUGUUUAUUGUAAUUCUUGAGGUAUACAAAGAAAAAGAAGAUUAUCAACUAGCAAUUAGUUUGUGUGAGAAAAGAUUGGGUGAAUUACGGGAGAAACAUUGUGAUAACUAUCUUGAAGUUGGAAGACUGCUGUUUCAUAUAGGAGACAUUUAUCAAAAAUGUAGAAAUAAUGAUCAAGCUCUUUCAUAUUAUGAAAAAGCUUUAUUAGUCCUUGAAAAAUGUAUUCCGUCAGACGAUGAAGCGCGUUGGUGCUGUCUAAAUGGUGCAGCCGUUAUUCAACAAGAAAAACGAAAUUUUCAGUUGGCACUAGAUUAUUAUGAGAGAACGUUAGAUAUUGGAAGAAAGAUCUAUCUAUCUUACGAUCCAAAGACAGGAAUGUCUUUGGCUAACGUUGGUCUGAUGCAUCUUCAACUCAAAAGUUAUGAAAAUUCUUUAAAAUACUUUGAAGAAGCUCUAGAUAUCUUCGAAAGAACGUUACCAGCUGGACAUCAGGAAAUCUCAAAACUAUUCGUUUAUAUGGUUAAUGCAUACAAAGGCAAAGACGAUUACCCUGCAGCAUUAAAAUUCUGUCAGAAGAAGUUAAUUGCAUUUAGUGAAACACUGGGUGACACUCAUUUAGCUGUUGUAAACAUUCUAUUUCAAAUUGCUGACAUCUUCCAAGAACGUAAUAUAAAUGAGGAAGCUCUCCUAUUUUACGAGAAAGCUCUAUCAAUACUGGAAAAAUGUAAUCCAACUGAACUGCACCUGAUUUGGUUUUGUCUUAAUCGAAUUGCUUCCCUUCAAGCAAAAUAUGGAAACUUUCAAUUGGCACUCAUGUAUCAUAUGAAAACGUUAGAAAUUGGACGCAAAAUAUAUUCAUCUGACCACCACGACAUUGCAGUCAGCCUUCGUAAUAUUGGUGCGAUGCAUUUCAAACUUGAAAACUAUGAAGAUGCGCUAAAAUAUUUGGAAGAUGCAUUACAAAUCUUUCAGUCAAAAUAUUCUAGCGACAAUUAUUAUCUUAGAUCAAUUUUGAAAGGUAUUGAACAAGUUAAACAGACUCAAAAAUCGAACUGA